AGGCUGGGUCGGGAGCAGAUAGCCUAACGGUGGAUAAUCUGUUUGCACUGUUUGAAAGUGAAAGAAAAGUCAUAGAGCACGAGUGAGUAGGGUACUGCUCGAGUACCGUAGGGUACUUGUGCUGCAGCCCCGUGCAGGGGUCUGGCUUUAUGCCGAUUUUGAUCCCCGUCCGUGUCGUCAUGAUCAGACAUCUUGGGCUCCUUUGAAACGGUUAAGCGUUCAAGAGCCGACCUGGUGGAAUGGACCGGAGCACGAGGACUCAGCGGGCGGAUGAUUUCCUCAGAGGGAGAGCUUCUGAGGGUCCGCCGCGGCGCAGGGCAGGAGGCUUGCCCAGCCACAUGGUGGAGAGCGAGAUUUCGAUGACUGUGGCAUCACACCCUUUAAAUUAUCGACGUCCCAAUUGCUGCAUUGGAUACCGGUGCAGUACCGUAAGGGAGGACCAACGACGAGAGGGGGAGAGGGUGCGGUUCGUUUCAAAGUCGUGUGCUAUGAACCUUAUCUGGAUUGAGCGGGCAAUCCGUUCGAUAGGGAUUUUCAGCCCCCCUGUCCCAAGACUUCGCUGCAACAUGAAUUCGAUCAAGCUGCCCAACUUGGACAGCCAGGCAGUCCAAAAGAUCUCAGAUAUUGAGGGCAACAAGGAUGGGGGGGGCUACUACCGAUACAGUACCGGUAAUGUUUUCUGUGAGCGCUGUGGUCUGUAAAGGUUACCGCACUCGACUGACUGUGGUUGAGACGGCUUGGUACAUCCAAGGAUGUGGUACCCUAUUUCACUUUACGCACAGGGGUUUCACCACACCCAUAACUGCAUGGCCAAUACCGUACAGCAAUCCACCAAGCUUCAACUCCAUCUCGAGAAGAAAAGAUGGAGUUCGGCGGCCGAGCUGGGCGAUGUCUUUGGUUUUCCAUCUCCUCCACUUUGCUGCUUUAAAGCGAGCUUCGAUUGCGAGCACGCUUAGCUCACGUUAACCCUUCCACGGCCGGCGAUUGUGCUGUAGGAUACGGUACAGCACAGUGGAAAAAUGGGUUCCUGAUUUGAUGACGGAAUUGAGGCUGGGUGGUUGCUCCUAAACCUUCGAUUCAUGAUGGAUGGGUACGCUAAAACGGGCGCGUGACACACCCAAACUCUGGCCGUCAACCGUCUCCCAAAAAGAGCGUCAGAAGAUUAAUAUUAGGAUGACGGGGCAAUUGAACGAAAAUUCCCUGUUCGGUGAUCUCUCUGUUAUGUAUGGUCUGCAGUCUGCAGUCUCUUUUCUUUGCUUUGGGCUUUUCCUUUCCUUUCUUUUUUCUUUCUUUCCUUUUCCCUCUCCUUACGGUACAGUACCGUACUUACUGUUCUCUCUCUCUCCCUCUUUAUGUAGACGCUUUUGGAUGCUUUUGCUUGUCGUUCUAAAGCCUUGUCCCCCCUCCGUGAUCCUUUCUUCACUUUCAAUGUGGAAGUAUGAUAUUCCCUAUUUCCAUAUUUCCCUCUCUCUCUUUUUUUCGACACUCCUGUUCCCCGAUCCCCUUUCCGGGCUUCUUGUUCGAAGAGAAAGUGCAGUGGGGUGCCAAUACUCUGGACGAGUCAAUCAGAUCACUGGACCAUCAUAGCCCAAUGCAUCAAUCGGGCAUCCUUUUUGUAUUUUGCCUCUUGGUAACCUUUUUUUUUCGCGUUUAUCUCCUUAAAAUUUCUCUCAGGUUUUUUGCAGCACCACACCUGAGUUUUAUAUUUUAGCCUCCUGGUUUCCCCUGCAAAAGCUUUUUUUUUUUUUUUUCUACUCUCUUUUCUUUUCUUUUUUUUUUCCCUUCCCUUUCUCACUGGAUAUUACUUUUGUAGAUUUACACCAACGUUCGUGAGAUUUUCUUCUUUGUCUAUAAUAAAAAUAAAUAAAUAGA